UGCGUUAGUUAUUAUUAUACGAAGUUUUAAAGUGUCGUACUGUUGAAUAGCGCUGAAUAAAAAAGCCAUUUGUAAGCAAUCGUAAAUUCGAUACAGCGAGUAUAAAAGGGACUGAGAGCAGAGAUAAAAACUAUCCGUGUAUCCUAGAUGUUGUACAUUUUAAUAUAACACACUGCAAGCUUAAUAACAAGGAUUUACAAAAUUGAUAAACAACUUGCGAUCUUCUUGUGAUAGAUGUUUACAAAAUUGCACAUCGUACAGGUCUAUUUGUUGGCUGUAAAUGAUAAAGUUGUACAAACAGGAUAAGUGCAAUGAAAAUUAUUUGGCGUUAAUAUUUUAAUUAAUAUUUAUUACAAUAACUUGUAUCGUGUGUGCUAUCAAAAACGUUCAUAAUUUUCUUCAGUUUAUCAGCCGCGUAUUUAUUAUUAUGUGGUAAUAAUUUGCUGUUUAAUGUUAACAAUUUUGUUUUGCUUUUUGGCAAUUAUGUCGGAGGAUUUAAAGUUUGAAAUUAUUGAUAAAAUACUGACAAUAUACCCACCGAUAUUAUUAAGCAUUGGACUUACAGGAAACAUUUUAUCUGUGAUCGUUUUGGCACAGGCAAGUACUAGAAAAACUUCGACAGGUUUUAUGUUGAUAUUCCUCACAGUUACCGACACAUUGAUUCUCAUGAAUUCCGUACUGGUGAAAUGGCUCAGUCAUAUGUUUGAGAUAAAUUUAAGGACUUCUUCAAAUGGUGCGUGCAAAUUUCAUGUUUUCAUGUCAUAUUUUCUGUUUCAACUGUCGCCGUGGAUUCUUGUGCUUGUAACAGUCGAGCGGGUGUUCAGUGUGAGAUAUCCGCAUAGAGUGAGGGAUGUUUUUACAAGAAGGAAGGUUAUUCUGAGCCUACUCGUCCUUGUCUUAGUUAUAGCUGGUUUGAAUGCUCAUCUUAUUUAUGGAUAUGAACAUGUAUAUAAUGAUUUAUAUCAAUCACUUGACUGCAUGGUGAUUAGCAAGCAUGAAGAUUUCAUGUUUAAAUACUGGACUUGGAUUGACUUUGUUCUUGCAUUCGCUGUUCCAUUUAGUGUGCUUCUUUGUGGCAACGUAAUGGUUAUACACACAUUACAAUCGAGUCAAAAUUUCCGAAAAGCAAGUACAGUGACUACGCAUAGCGGACAGGAACUUAGAGGCCACUUAUAUCGCCGUGAAAACCGUACGGCGUCUCAUUUCACAAGUACAGCAGUCGUUUUAAACAUAACAUUCUCCUCCUUGGUCUCUCCCUUUUCCAUCUUCGCAAUAGGACAGCCAUAUUGGUUUCCAGUGGAAACAAUAACACCAGAACGCAUUGCAAACUUGAUGCUUACUGGGACAAUAUUUCUGAUGUUGUUGCAUACAAACAGUGCAAUUAAUUUUGUGCUAUAUAUCUUUUGUGGAUCAAAGUUUCGUAGAGAUUUGAAGAACCUUUUCUGCAAGCGGAGAAGAACUAUCUCAGAAUCAAUGCAUAAUACGCGGAACUUUCAUACACAAUCUGUGAGCACCGUAAGUUCUGAAGGAGAGACGUUCAUGCGAUUAUAACGCAAAUGCAAUGUGCAUAUUGUUUGGUUAAUAAAUGAAAUAAUGAGAACGUCUAUAAUAACAUUUUUUCCAAAAUGACAUUUUUAAUGCACGUUUAUAUGAAUAUUAACAUAUUUCAAUUUCAGCGUGUUGGGUAUUCUAACUGAACAAUCUACAAAAAGCCAGUGCUUGUUAAAUACUUGGCAAAUAAUAGUUUUGGACUGAAUUUUUUAGUGUUGGUCCUGUUUUACAGAUUCAGGAUUGACUGAUAUGUCCUACCUUAUAAAACGUUUGAUACUUUUAAAAACAUGACCGUUAGUGUCAGAAGCUAGUUCAAAGACUGUUUUCUGUAUGUAUUGAUUUCGAAAAGCAAAGCAAAAAAGGGAAUGUUCUGCAAACAAAUCAUGAAUAUUAUAUGACAAUUAUUUUUACCACCAAUGUUGAAUAGCGUAACGACUGAAAAGAACAAAGGUUUUAUUGAAAUUUACCUCAUGUUACCAUGAGUUUAAGUUUGAUUUAUCCUAUCACCUUUCAUUACUCUUUGUUCAGAAAUGAGUGCUUAUUGAUCAUGUGUAAUUGUAAUUGUAAGGGGAGUGUUUUAUUUACAAAAUGUUAUAAUUAAUUCAUUUCGUUUCUUUUUGUUUCAGUAUCAUGUGAAUGGCAAUUACGCCAAUAAGUUAAUAUGCAUUACAGUUCAUGGCUUAUUCAUACAUUUUUCCAUGCUUUACAUGUAAGUCCUGCUUAAAGUGUACUAAAAACUUAAAAAUUCAACAAAUUAGAUAUCCCAUUGUACACAGUAAUUACUUAAUUAAGAAGAUACAAACAUAUAUAAUGGAAAACUGUGAAGAAUGAGAAAAAUGAAGAAAAAAUAGAAAAUAAUACAUACAUAUGUAUGGCCAGUAUUAAGCGAAGUGACCAAAGAUAUCGUCUUAUGUAAGCUUAGUCUAAUAAUUUGUUUGCUCUCAAUGUAACAUAGUCAUUAUUUCCUGAUAUCACUUAUAUAAAAAUGAUUCGUCUAACUGUAAUUUUGUCUUCUUUUUGUACGUUUGCUGACUCUAUAUAGAGAAUACUACAUUCGUUGUCAUUUUAUGAAAAUUGUGCUAAACACAAUGGUUGUAUAAAGUUAUUUUAUAUUAUUAUUGUAUGGGCUAUUUUAAAGGGCGGGGACUUUAUAUCGCAUGGUUGCAUCUUCAAAGGACAAACAUUAAAGUGUAAGAUGUUAUCUUUGCUGCCUUCAGUUUGAAUUUCGUAACAGAAUAUUUGAAAAGUAACUGUAGAAAAGGCGCAAAGUAUAGCUAAACGGUAAUAAUCCUACUACAUAUUUUAUAUUGAUAACGUACAAUUUUCAUGUCUGUUACAUAAUAGUAACGUUCUAUAUAAUAACACUUACUUAAAUCGGAAACUGGAUUAUUCACCGUUUUUAUAUCAAAUGAACAAUAUUAAUGAGAUAUAGCUUUACAUCCUGUAACUGUCGGUUAUUUUUAUUCCAAAAGAUAAAUUGUAACUAAAAAAGAAGAAACAAUGUUUACAAGAUACUUUAAAUUAGUUGAUUUUAUUAAUAUCUGCCAAGUUGAUGCCAAAGUAUAUGUUAAUGUAAACUACUUAAGAAACCGUUUUCAUCACUGAUAAUAUCCAGCAUUUUAUUCGCUGAUCUUCAGGCUAAAAUAUUUGAUCGUGAUUGAAGUUGGUAGGAUUCCAACGAACAAAUAUACUAAUUUAAAAAAUAUUUAAAUGUAAAAUAUCAAAGUGAUAUCCGGUAAAGCAAAACAAACAAAAUUCAUGAUGAAAAAAGAUCUUGCUAAAGCCCUUAAGGUAUAGAUUUAUAACUGAACUAUUUUUCUUUUAUUGUUUCUGAACUGUAAAUUACAGCAUCCAUUUGAGAAUUUUAUGCGUUUUUACUUGAACAUUUAAAUACACAAUGCUCUCGUUAUGUCAAACUGAUACAUACUUACAUAGUAAUAACAUGCAGAGCACCGAUCAAAACGGGACAAUAUAUGAUAUACGAGGUCAAGGUUAUCCUGUAAGACUGUAAUUACUGUGCAAUUGAAUUAUUCACAAACAACUUUAAAGUGUUUAUUGUUUCUCCACAAAUACGGGCGACAUACAUGCGAUGCUAAUAGACAAACCUGAAUUUAAAACAAAUAUUUUUUUUCUUUUAUUUACGUGCGUACAGAUAAAAAUAUAUUGGAGAAAUAUGUCAUGGUUUUACAACGGAUUGGAUUGUACAUUAUCUUUGAAUCAUUUUAUAGCAAAUAAAUAUAUUUUAAUGAUAUGUGUAAAUUGAAAAGGAAAGCAAAAUUUAACAAAGUAUUAAGUGCGAUAUUCUGAUCAGCAGUAUCUAAAUAUUAAGUUAAAUAUAAAUGAAUGGUAGCUAUAUAGUGAUCAACAAAUCUGAUGAGACUAUAGAAGUUUUGCAAUGACAUGCACAAUUUUCAGGCAGUGUUUUUUUGUUUACAUUCCGGAGAAUAAAUGGGCAAUAUGUCUCGAAAUCAAAACAAAUGUUAAAACUAUAAUCUGUCAUGCCAUUAUGAAAAAUGAGUAUUACAAUAUUACGCUCAGUUUUUUUGUCUGAUUGUUUGGUGCUUGUUGAUGGUUUAUCAAGGUUUGUGUGUGAGCUAUCUUUAUUUUUGUUCAAGCAGAUAUGACUAUCUUUUAAUUAUUGAACGAACCUGUUAGACAUUCAUGUGAAGUGUUAGUGUCAGAUUUGGCAGACCUGACCCCUUUACUUAACAUUUCACUUAUUUGACCUUGAGACUUGACAGGUAUUUUACAUCCUGCCCUAUUAGUUUCCUUUUCAGUCAGCAAAGGUUUUCCAUAAUCUAUUGUUGACAGAUCACCAUGCAACAAUUUUGGAAGCUGAUCUUACUAUUAUUUAGCAUAGUAACUAAACCUUCAUUUUAUUCUCUGUCCGUACAUUUACUCGAAUAAGAGUACAUUUUUAUUUCUUAGACUUGAUAUAAUAGAUUAUCGGUUCUGAAUACUUGUAAGCAUAGCAACAUGGCAUGCAUAAGCUUUGAAGGCGAGACGGCACCAAUAUGUUGUUGUUGUUUUUUAAUUCAAGCUGUCACUCCUGUAUCUUAUUGUACUACAUUAAUAAAGUUAUUUACAUCCA